GCGCCUUUGAAGACGAAAAUCGUUUGAGAGAGUCUCUCUACUGGGUCUCCGACCUAGCUCGAUUUCCGGUCAAUCUAUGGCCUGCGUUUCCCGUCUUCUGUGAUUUCCGUUUGCAUCCGUGCUUCUUCUUGCUGAUUGAUAGUCGGAUUCACCUGAAUCUCAGUUUGGAAGGCGACAGUUAGUGAAAAUACGAAGAAUGCAAACCUAAUCGGCGAACUACGAACGACCCUGUUCUCGGUUUGGUUCGCUCUGCUAUUCCGAUUCUUACUGUUAAUUAGUUUUGUGCUGCUGAGUUGAGGGUCAUACUUUUUCUGAGGUUCAAUCUGAUGUAUUGUGGUAGUUCUUGGCUAGAAUCUAAUCCGUCUGGCUUCGAUUUGGUCGUCCUUCUGUGAUUUCGUUGGGUUCAACUGAUAUAAGCUUGUAUGUGAUGUUUAUUUCGACCGAUGAAUUUGAUUCCGUGCUUUAUCACCUGCGGUUUUACUUUCUGUUAGUCAAAGGUAGCUCUGUAACCUCGUUACGCAGCUGUGAUUUUGGGGAUUUACUUUCUACGCAUUGACUUAUGCGUGUACUUUCAGUUGCCUCUUUGUGUGUUUGUCUUGCUAUUACUUUUGAGAUUGGUUUGAGAAUCCACGUAACUGGGUAAAGCUCUCCAACCUUCGCGCUAUGGCGAGAAAGAACCAGGUUUCAGGGGAGGCUACUGUUGGCCGAGCUACUAGAUCCUCAUCUAGAUUUUCUGUGUUGGAAGGUACGGAGGCUGAGUUCCCUACUCUGGAUUCUGAUAACUAUGUGAAGAUACCAGUGAGUAAAGCUGGUCCUAUGGCUAUUAAAGGUGCAGAUACACCAGCUACUUUGGGGGGAUUGCUGCUGGGAAAAUUGUUCCCGGAAUUUCAGCAAUUCCUGCAGCGAAGCCAACUGUUGCUGGGGAACCUCGUGCUGCAGGUUCUUCUCUAGCUGGGAGUGUGGUUCCACCUCCUGCACAAGAGCCUUUUGCUGUUGGGAAACCACAUGGAACUGCUGCAACUUCUUUGAGUAAAUUUGACUCACAACUGCCUGGAAGUAAUGCGACUGGGCAAAUUGUAGUAAACAAUAAAACUGCCACUCCCGCGCCUUGGAGUGCUUUAUUUAAAGACAACCGUGACCCGAGACAUGGAAUCAAAUUGAGAUAUGUCCCCCCCAAAGGAGAUACUUUAGACUUUGGGGAUCGUAUUUUGCCUUCUAUGAUUGAAAUGUGGGGGUUUUGCCUAGUUGGACACUUCACCGGAAAAUUCCCCGGACUCAAAGCGGUUCACGAUCUGAAAGCUACAUGGGGUGUCAAAUGUCUUGUACGGUCACAUAGUAAGGAUUGGCCGAUUUUUAAGUUUCAAGAUGAGGAUGAUAGAUCGAAAGUACUACAUGGGGGACCUUACACCGUGUUUGGGAAGCUCCUAAUGCUUAAAGAACUUUCGGGGGACUUCACUUUUGAGGAUGAGGAAUUUCUUAAAAUUCCUAUUUGGAUCAAGUUCCCUAAACUACCAAUGAGUCUAUGGAACGAUGAGGCUAUGAGUGAGGUGGCAUCUAUGGUCGGGGUCCCUAUAACCACCGACAAGAUUACUCAAGAGAGGGUGAAUAAUGAUUUUGCUAGAGUGCUAAUCGAGGUUGAUGUUUCAAAGCCUCCACCACUACAUUUUCAUAUACGGCUACCUUCCCAAAAGGUAAUCAAACAAAAUGUAGUUUAUGAAACUUUUCCUAGCUUUUGCUUUCAUUGCAAAGAAUUUGGGCACCACCCUUUUACUUGUAAGAAGCUUGCCGUACAGGAGGAUGGGGAAACUGAAAAUGAACGGAGUUUGGAGAAUAAGGAACAAGCUGGGACCAAGAUUUCUGGGCCGGAUGCUACUGUCCAGGGGUCAAACCCGACCGGGUUUGCCCCUGGCCCGACCGGGUCCAUAGAUGCUGCUGUGCCCAACCCGACCGGGUGCGCCCCUGACCCGACCGGGGCUACUGCCCAGGGGCCUAUUGGGGUUGUUCCCGAGCUUGCUGCUUUAACUUUGGCUACCGACCCGCCCGGGGGUACUGCCACUGCCCAGGGGUUAAAGGGUACGCGAGUGGAACAUGAGACUUCUGAAGAUGACGACGACGAGGUCUUUUUGGAAGACAACGAGAGAGUAGUAAUGGAUGAAACCGAGUUGCAUCAAGACGAUGUAGUAACCAAAUGUGAGGUGACUAAUGGAAAGAAGUUCAGGCUAUUUGUUAAACCGUUUAAAUGUGUGGAAGUCAGUGUGAUUAGAGUGGACUCUUUUCUUCGACUCACGGAUGAUUUGGACAAAAAACGCCUAACUUUCACCACCGAAUGUCUUGAGAGAUUACCGGGAGUUAAAAAGAAAAAAGGGGAGGUUUGCUUUGCCUCAAAGUUUACUACUCCCUUCCGACUUUUCUUUGGAUGUUGAGUUAGGGAUACCUAGUUUGUGUUGUGCUAGGUUUGUUGGAUUGUGUUGUUCCGUUUGUGAUUUUCAAAAUGUUGAUUGUGUGAGUGUGAGUUCUUUUUGAAUUUGUGGUAUCUCUGGUCAUGGGAUAUGCACCUUGAUUGUACACGUGAUGCAUUGUACUAUGCUAUUUUUCUGGAUAUAUAUACUUACAGUUUAUCCAAAAAAAAAAAAAAAUUGAAACCAG